UUCAUAAUCAAGUUAGCUUGCAGUCUAUUUAAGUGCUUUUAAGCAUUACAAAAAUUGCUACUGUAAAACUACAUCAGGCUAGAUGUCCAUGAUGAACGGACCAAGUUCCAGACUCUUCUUUUUUUUCAUGGUGAUCUUGUCUACGUUUCUUUUCCUUCAAAUAACAGGUAUCCAAGCACAAGUUGGACUUCUUCCUCCGAAUGAAGUGGAUGCUCUUAGACAAAUCGCUAAGCAACUGGGAAAGGUAGACUGGAACUUUAGUCUGAACCCAUGUGAUGGAAAUCCCAACUGGAGAUCACCUUGGGGAAACAAUGCACAGUAUAGCAACGUUGUUAAUUGUACUUGCUCCUCUGGUGAUGUUUGUCACGUUGUUUACAUAUCCUUGAAGGGGCAGGAUCUUGCUGGUGUUCUCCCACCAUCCCUGGCAAAGCUACCUUCAAUUAAGAUCAUUGAUUUAUCUUAUAAUUACCUUAGUGGAAACAUACCUAACGAGUGGGAGUCAACUAAUUUGGAAAAACUAUCUGUCACGGGUAAUCGCUUGAAUGGAAGCAUUCCUACAUUUUUAGGCAAUAUAACUACACUUGGAUACCUUGGUCUAGAGAACAACAUGUUCUCAGGAAAAGUUCCUGCUGAGCUUGGGAAACUAAAAAAUUUGAAUCGUCUGGUCCUGACUGCUAAUAAUCUCACCGGUAAAUUGCCAGUGGAACUUAAUAGUCUGACCAACUUGACAGAACUCCGCCUGGAUAGCAACUACUUCAGUGGGACAAUCCCAAACCUUGGAAGCUUAACACGACUUCAGAAAUUGGAGAUCCAAGGUAGUGGGCUGGAAGGACCAAUACCAGAAAGCAUUUCCCUUUUGACAAAUUUGUCUCAACUAGCAAUCUCUGAUUUAAAUGGAGAAGGAUCACAGCUGUUUCCAAAUCUUAGUAGCAUGGCUAGCAUGAAAAAGUUGGUGUUAAGAGGAUGUAAUCUUAGGGGGUUUAUUCCUGGUUAUAUAAAACUAAUGUCCAAGUUGCAGCAUCUAGAUCUCAGUUUCAACGAUUUGGGUGGAGAUAUACCAGAUCUAAGUGGACUACGUAAUCUAGAAAAAAUGUAUCUGACCGGUAACUCCCUUGAUGGCGCUGUUCCUAGCUGGCUCACAAAUCAAGAUAAUAGUAAACUUAAAGUUGAUCUUUCCUACAACCACUUAAAUGAGACAACUGUACCUCAAAAUUGUGAUGAAUCAUUGAACUUAUUCAGAAGCUACACUAGCACAAACGACUCAGACCUUGGCAAGUGCCUGAAAAGCCAUCCUUGCUUAAAGACUUACUAUUCAGUUCAUAUUAAUUGUGGCGGUCCGAAAGUUAGCAUAGGAGACAAGGUUUAUGAAGAAGAUCUAGAUACACUUGGACCUGCAAGAUUUCUUCCUUCAAAUGAUCAUUGGGGAUUCAGUAACACAGGAAGUGUAUGGAACACUGAUCAAACCGGAAACGAUUAUGUUGCAUAUAACCAAUCUAUACUCACUAUGAAUGACUCAGAACUUUACACAACAGCUCGCCACUCACCAUUGUCUGUCACUUACUAUGGCCGUUGCUUAGCACAUGGAAAUUAUACGGUGACUCUACAUUUCGCAGAGAUAAUUUACAGAGAUAACCGAUCUUACUAUGGUCUUGGAAGACGUGCUUUUGAUGUUUAUAUCCAGGGUGUAAUUACGAUUAAAAAUUUCGAUAUUAAAAAUGAAGCAGGAGGGGUGGAUAAGGCAGUAAUAAAAACAUAUAACAACAUCUCUGUAACUAAUGGAACAUUAGAAAUUCGGUUCCAGUAUGCUGGGAAAGGUACAACCGCAGUGCCAAAGAGAGGAUUGUAUGGCCCUCUGAUAUCUGCCAUUUCUAUUGAAUCUGAGUUUAAGCCUCUAGAGAUCAAGCAAGCGACUCAUAGAAAAAAAAGACCAUUCCUAGUCAUUGGAGUUGUGGCUGCAGUAUUUUUCUUCAUACUCAUAGUUGUUGGAAUUGCAUGGAAGAAGGGUUAUAUAGGGAAUCAAAUAUCAAGGGAAAUAGAUCUAAGAGGAUUGGACUUGAAUACUGGGGUAUUUACAUUUAAACAAAUCAAAGCUGCCACGGAUAACUUUGCUGAAUCUAAUAAACUUGGAGAGGGCGGUUUUGGAUCUGUCUACAAGGGUACACUACUAAAUGGAACUCUAAUUGCUGUGAAGCAACUCUCUUCAAAAUCCAAACAAGGAAACCGUGAAUUUGUGAAUGAAAUAGGGAUGAUAGCUGGUAUACACCACACUAAUGUUGUAAGACUACAUGGGUGUUGUGCAGAACACAACCAGCUAUUACUUGUUUACGAGUACAUGGAGAAUAAUUCUUUGGCACAUGCUCUAUUUGAUCAGGAUAAGUCUAAGAUGAAAAUUGAUUGGCCUACAAGACAAAGAAUUUGUGUUGGCGUUGCAAGAGGCUUGGCAUUCCUACAUGAAGAGACCACACUAGAAAUGGUUCAUCGAGAUAUCAAAGCUGCAAAUAUACUCCUGGAUACUGACUUUACUCCAAAGAUCUCAGAUUUUGGUUUGGCUAAGCUCAAUGAAAAAGAGAACACCCACAUUAGCACUAGAGUUGCUGGAACUCUAGGGUACAUGGCACCAGAAUAUGCAUUAUGGGGCUACUUAACCUACAAAGCCGAUGUAUACAGCUUUGGGGUUCUUGCAUUGGAAAUUGUUGCUGGAAAGAACAAUAUGAAAUAUCAACCAAAUGAAGAUUAUGUUUCUCUUCUUGAUUUGGCUGUUGUUCUCAAAGAGAAGGGAAGUUUGAUGGAUUUGGUGGAUCCAAGAUUAGGGUCUGAUUUCAACAAAAUAGAAGCUGUGAGAAUGAUGGAAGUUGCUAUAUUGUGCACUAAUCAGUCCCCGGCUCUUAGGCCUACCAUGUCCGAAGUAGUGAAUAUGCUCGAGGGCCAUAGAAAAAUAAAGAAAUCAGACCUGAAUCCAGCUACAUCGGAAGACGAUUUCAGGUUGCAAGCAGUCAAAGGGAAUCUUGAAAAUAUGCAGCCUCCACAUGACUCUCUUGUUCAGCAAUCGUCUUCAAGCGUUUACGACCUCUAUCUCAAUAGUAAAAUUUCUGAAGAAUCUCGAAUCCUAGAUGAGUAAGCACUUGAACUGUUUUAUAUCAUUUGUAUUUGUGUUGCCGGUAUAAUGUUCAUGUUAUGCUAGAUUUUUAAGCAAUCAUACGUUUAAGAAUAAGUCAGUGAUGUUUAUGUUUCGUUUAAUGGAUUUUAUAAUGACAGUACUACACAAUAUAUGCAUGAUGCAUAUAGUUAUGUAAUCCGAGCACCCUUUUGGAUAAUUGUUAAUGCAUGUUGGUG